UGGAAAUGUGAAAACACUGUACUGGCAGCACUUUCACAUGUUAUAAAGUUUAUUAAAAAUUCUAUUUCGCAAAAGUUAUUUAAUAUUUUUAUUGAUCCUUUUGCAAUAGUCGCCGUUUAGAAAAUAACAAUGUCUGCUUACGUUGCUAGAAAGGGUCCAGCUGUAUUUUCUGCUCUUGGUAAAUGGGCUUACAAUCUGUCUGGAUUUAAUCAGUAUGGUCUUCACCGAGACGAUUGUCUAUAUGAGGAUGAAGAUGUGAAAAAGGCUAUUAGCCGUUUACCGAAACACUUAUACGAUGAAAGAAAUUAUAGAAUAACUAGAGCUCUACAUUUGUCAAUGACUAAAACUAUUUUACCAAAAGAACAAUGGACAAAAUAUGAGGAAGAUACUAAAUAUCUAGAACCUUACCUAAAAGAAGUUAUAAGAGAACGAGAGGAACGGGAAGAAUGGGAAAAAGAUCAUUAAAAGUUUUAAAAUUCUUAUAAUAAAAAGUAGAAUGUUCUGUUAAAUUAAAAUAAAAA